UUAUUUUCUUCUUGUUCUUCUCUUCUUUAUUUUAUUCAUAGAAAAAAAAAAAAAGAAAAAGAAAAAAGAAAGAGAAAAAAAAAAUUUCAAAUGUCAAAUCAAAAUGUAAUCUAUAUAAAUUGACUUCAACCGAUCUUAUUCAUAAUAACAGUGGAACAAAUAGGAAACGACGAAGUUUGUUAUUUAUUUUCGUUGUUUGCGUUUCGCAUUACCAAUUGGAAUAAGAAAUUGAGAAACAAAGAAUAUAUUAAUUCUUGAGGAUGUAAAGUUAUGAAUAAGAAGAAGGAAGAUAAUGCAUAAGACGUAUUGUUCUUUGGAUUAAUAAAUUAAUAGUAUCGAUAAAGUAUUAAUAAAUAAGAAAGAAGUGAAGGAAGAAAGAAGUGGACGGAGAAGAAAAGAAAAGAAAAGAAAAGAAAAGAAAAGAAAAGAAAGAAAGAAAAAUGGAGAAAAAUUGUAAAAUUGAGACAGGACUACUCAGCAUGGAUAAUAAUAAAGUAUCCAUGUCGACAAAAUUGGCUUACGCCUUGGGACAUAUUUUCAACGAUCUGACAGCAGCCAUGUGGUUCUCAUAUACUUUAAUUUAUCUGCAAAAGGUUUCUCUUUUGGAGCCAAUAAUGGCUGGGACGUUAUUGUUAUUAGGUCAAAUCGUGGAUGCUUUCACAACGCCAAUCUUUGGCUUUCUCGUCGAUCGUUACUGCAAGAAAAAAAUAUGGCACGUGAUCGGCUCAGUUUUGGUCACCCUAAGUUUCCCAAUUAUAUUUGGAGGUUUCGCUAAUACCUCCAAUUCUAUCAUCAUGUUCUUUUAUAUACUGAGCAUCAUAAUCUUCCAGAUUGGCUGGGCAGCCGUACAGAUAUCGCAUUUAUCUAUGAUACCAUCUUUAACAAACUCGUUACUCGGUCGUACCGAAUUAACAGCUAUAAGAUAUUCAGCGCAGGUGAGCUCAGCGGUAGUUGUUUUCAUGGUCACAUGGAUUGUCCUUCCAACAAAUGGAGAAUCGAUGGUGUUACUCGAUCAACACGACGACUACAAAUUCAGAAAUAUUGUGAUCGUUGUAACGGCAUUCGGUUUGACUGCGACCACUCUCUUUCACAUUCUCCUGAAGGAAAAUCUUUUGGAAAAUAGGAGUCAAUCACAAGCCAAAACGAACCCCGACGAAUCUAGUUGGCUUUUAGAUGGUUUUUCAACCCCAAGAAGAUCCUGGUUUGGUACAUCAAUUUUAUUAAGAGUUGCAAUGUUAUAUGUUGCUAGUAGAUUAUUUAUAACCCUUGCUACUGUUUACUUACCACUUUAUAUCGAGGAGACAGCAGUUGGUGGUAAACAAGCAUUGGCCACGGUACCAUUGGUAUCUUAUUUAUCAUCCUUCAUAGCUGCAUUGUUGUUAAAAUAUAUGAACAGAUCUUGUGGAACAAAGAUAUGUUACCUUUGCGGAGCCCUCAUUGGUAUUCUUUCGGCAGCCAUUACAGAAUUUGGCGGGAGUUAUGGAAUCGUUACAUACGCAAUUGCCAUUCUUAUUGGUGCAGGCAGUUCGAUUACCAUGGUAACGGCUUUAAGUGUUACAGCUGAAAUUAUUGGUCCUCGAACUGAAAAAAGUGCAUUCGUUUAUUCGAUCGUAACGUUUCUUGAUAAAAUCGUUACGGGAUUGGUCGUAGUACUUAUCGAACGAUGGAGAUGUCAUCAACAAGAAUUAUGUCCAAAUUAUAAUCGAGAUACUUUGGCGAUCGUUUGUGCAUCGUCGAUGCUACUUGGUCUUAUUACUUUGUUAUCAGUAUCACGUUGUUUGACAUAAAUGUCCGAUUAUAAUUA